CCGAGUGCGGCGAGUUGCGUCGGGGCUCAGCGCGGGCGGCGGCGGCCACCACCAUGUCCCGGCAGCGGCAGCGGGGGCAGGACGGGGUGUCCGUGGGGCAGAGGACGGAGGACGGGGUGGCCGUGGGGCAGAGGAUGGAGGACGGGGUGUCCGUGGGGCAGAGGACGGGCUCGGAGGACAACCUCUACCUGGCCGUGCUGCGGGCCUCCGAGGGCAAGAAAGAUGAGCGAGACCGGGUCCAGAAGAAAACCUUCACCAAAUGGGUCAACAAGCACCUCAUCAAGGCGCAGCGUCAUGUCAACGACCUGUACGAGGACCUGCGGGACGGGCACAACCUCAUCUCGCUGCUGGAGGUGCUCUCGGGGGACACCCUGCCCCGGGAGAAGGGCAGGAUGCGCUUCCACAAGCUGCAGAACGUCCAGAUCGCCCUCAACUACCUGAAGCAUCGCCAGGUGAAGCUGGUGAACAUCCGCAACGAUGACAUCGCCGACGGCAACCCCAAGCUGACGCUGGGGCUCAUCUGGACCAUCAUCCUCCACUUCCAGAUCUCGGACAUCCAGGUGACGGGGCAGUCGGAGGACAUGACGGCCAAGGAGAAGCUGCUGCUGUGGUCGCAGCGCAUGGUGGAGGACUACCAGGGCCUGCGCUGCGACAACUUCACCACCAGCUGGCGGGACGGGCGCCUCUUCAACGCCAUCAUCCACCGCCACAAGCCGGCGCUGAUCGACAUGAACCGCGUCUAUCGCCAGAGCAACCUGGAGAACCUGGACCAGGCCUUCACCGUGGCCGAGCGGGACCUGGGGGUGACGCGGCUGCUGGACCCCGAAGACGUGGACGUGCCGCAGCCGGACGAGAAAUCCAUCAUCACCUACGUCUCCUCGCUCUACGACGCCAUGCCCCGCGUCCCCGAGGUGCAGGACGGCGUCAAGGCCAACGAGCUGCAGCUGCGCUGGCAGGAGUACUACGAGGUGGUGACGCUGCUGCUGCAGUGGCUGCGCCAGCACACGCUGCUCUUCGAGGAGCGGCGCUUCCCCGCCAGCUACGAGGAGAUCGAGAUCCUCUGGCGCCAGUUCCUCAAGUUCAAGGAGACGGAGCUGCCGGCCAAGGAGGCCGACAAGAACCGCUCCAAGGCCAUCUUCCAGGCCCUGGAGGGCGCGGUGCAGGCCGGGCAGCUGAAGGUGCCCCCCGGGUACCACCCGCUGGACGUGGAGAAGGAAUGGGGGAAGCUGCACGUGGCGGUGCUGGAGCGGGAGAAGCUGCUGCGCGCCGAGUUCGAGAGGCUGGAGCGGCUGCAGCGCGUGGUCACCAAGCUGCAGAUGGAGUCGGGGCUCUGCGAGGAGCAGCUCAACCAGGCUGACGCCCUGCUCCAGUCGGACGUGCGGCUGCUGAACGCGGGGAAGCCGCCGCAGAAGGCGGCCGAGGUGGAGCGGGACCUGGACAAGGCGGACGCCAUGAUCCGGCUGCUCUUCAACGACGUCCAGGCCCUGAAGGACGGGCGGCACCCGCAGGGGGAGCAGAUGUACCGACGGGUGUACCGCCUGCACGAGCGGCUGGUGGCCAUCCGCACCGAGUACAACCUGCGCCUGAAGUCGGGGGUGACGGUGACGACGGUGCCGGCGGCGGCGGCGGUCGGGGGGCAGCAGCAGCGUCCGCGCGCGGAGGCGGAGGAGGCGCCGCUGCGGUACCUGCAGGACCUGCUGGCCUGGGUGGAGGAGAACCAGCGGCGGCUGGCGGCGGCCGAGUGGGGCAUGGACCUGCCCACCGUGGAGGCCCAGCUGGGCGGCCACCGCGGCCUCCACCACUCCAUCGAGGAGUUCCGCGCCAAGAUCGAGCGGGCGCGCGCCGACGAGGCACAGCUGGCCCCCGGCCCCCGCGGCGCCUACCGGGAGUGCCUGGGCAAGCUGGACCUGCAGUACGGCAAGCUGCUGACCUCCUCCAAGUGGCGGCUGCGGCACCUGGAGAGCCUGCAGGCCUUCGUCAGCGCCGCCACGCGGGAGCUGCUGUGGCUGAGCCAGAGGGAGGAGGAGGAGGUGGCCUUCGACUGGAGCCACCGCAACCCCAACAUGGCGGCCAAGAAGGACAACUACUCGGCGCUGAUGCGGGAGCUGGAGCAGCGGGAGCGCAGGAUCAAGGAGCUGCAGGGCUCGGGGGAGCGGCUGCUGCGGGAGGAGCACCCGGGGCGCCAGACGCUGGAGUCCUUCCAGGCGGCGCUGCAGACGCAGUGGAGCUGGAUGCUGCAGCUCUGCUGCUGCGUGGAGACCCACCUGAAGGAGAACGGCGCCUACUUCCAGUUCUUUGCGGAGGUGCAGGAGGCGGAGGAGUUCCUGCGGACGGAGGAGAACAUGAGGAAGAAAUACUGCUGCGACCGCGGCGCCACCGUCACGCGCCUGGAGGACCUGCUGCAGGACUGCCUGGAGCAGAAGGAGCAGCUGGCCGAGUACAGGGGACGGCUGGCCGCGCUGGCCCGCCGGGCCACCACCAUCGUCCAGCUGAAGCCCCGCAGCCCCGGCACCCCCCUGCAGGGACGGCCCCCCCUCCAGGCCGUCUGCGACUACAAGCAAAUAGAGAUCACGGUGCACAAGGGGGACGCCUGCGCCCUGCUCAGCAACGCCCAGCCCCACAAGUGGAAGGUGCUGAGCGCCGGCGGCGCCGAGGCCAUCGUCCCCUCCGUCUGCUUCCUCCUGCCGCCCCCCAACGCCGAGGCCCUGGACGCCGUGCACCGGCUGGAGACCACCCACCAGCAGCUCCUGCUCCUCUGGCACCAGCUGCACCAGGAGAUGAGGACCCUGCUCUCCUGGCAGCACCUCACCCGCCACAUCCAGCAGAUCCAGUCCUGGUCCCACCUCACGUUCCGCACGCUGCCGGCGGAGGAGUGCCGGCAGGUCCUGCGCGGGCUGGAGACCCACUACCAGGAGUUCCUGCGGCACAGCCAGGACUCGCAGGGCUUCCAGCACGACGACCGCCUGCGCCUGGAGCGGGACUACCAGGCCUGCACCCACAAGUACGAGCUGCUGCUGCGCAGCCAGGAGAAAGGAGAGCAGGAGGAGUCCCUCUGCAAGAGCUACAUCUCCCAGCUGAAGGACAUCCGCCUGCAGCUGGAGGGCUGCGAGACCCGCACCAUCCACAAGAUCCGCCUGCCCCUCGACAAGGACCCGGCCAAGGAGUGCGCCCAGCGCAUCACCGAGCAGCAGCAAAUCCACCUGGAGCUGGAGGGCAUCAAGAAGAACCUGGACAAGGUGAGCGAGAAGACGGAGAAGGUGCUGGCGCAGGCAGAGCCGGCCGACUCGGCCCCCGUCCUGCGCUCCGAGCUGGAGAUCACCCUGCAGAAGAUGAACCAGGUGUACAGCCUCUCCACCAUCUACCUGGAGAAGCUGAAGACCAUCAACCUGGUGAUCCGCAGCACUCAGGGGGCGGAGGAGCUGGUCAAGAAGUACGAGGACCAGCUGAAGGACGUGCAGACCGUGCCGGCUGACCUCAAGGAGCUGGAGGCCAGCAAGGCCGAGCUGAAGCGGCUGCGCGCCCAGGCCGAGGGGCACCAGCCCUUCUUCAACACGCUGGAGACCGACCUGAGCAAGGCCAAGGAGGUCAACGAGCGGAUGGUCCGUGGCCACAGCGAGCGUGACGUGGACCUGGACCGGUACCGGGAGCGGGUCCAGCAGCUGCUGGAGCGCUGGCAGGCCGUGCUGGCCCAGACCGACCUGCGGCAGCGCGAGCUGGACCAGCUGGGCCGCCAGCUGCGGUACUACCGGGAGAGCUGCGACGGGCUGCUCCGCUGGAUCCAGGACGCCAAGCAGCGGCAGGAGAAGAUCCAGGCGGUGCCCAUCACCGACAGCCAGACCGUGCGGGAGCAGCUGCUGCAGGAGAAGAAACUGCUGGAGGAGUGCGACCGCAACAAGGAGAAGGUGGAGGAGUGCCAGCGCUACGCCAAGCAGUACAUCGACGCCAUCAAGGACUACGAGCUGCAGCUGGUGACCUUCAAGGCGCAGGUGGAGCCGAUGGCCUCUCCGGCCAAGAAGCCCAAAGUGCAGUCGGCGUCCGACAGCAUCAUCCAGGAGUACGUGGAGCUGCGGACGCGGUACAGCGAGCUGACCACGCUCACCAGCCAGUACAUCAAGUUCAUCACCGAGACGCUGCGGCGGCUGGAGGAGGAGGAGAAAGCCGCCGAGAAGCUGAAGGAGGAGGAGAGGCAGCGGCUGGCGGAGGUGGAGGCCCAGCUGGAGAAGCAGCGGCAGUUGGCCGAGGCCCACGCCAAAGCCAAGGCGCAGGCGGAGGCGGAGGCGCGGGAGCUGCAGCUCCGCAUGCAGGAGGAGGUCACCCGGCGGGAGGUGGUGGCCGUGGACGCCGAGCAGCAGAAGCAGAACAUCCAGCAGGAGCUGCUGCAGCUGCGGCAGAACUCCGACCACCAGAUCCAGUCCAAGGUCAAGCUGAUCGAGGAGGCCGAGUACAACCGCAAGAAGGUGGAGGAGGAGAUCCGCCUCAUCCGCCUGCAGCUGGAGAGCACCGAGAAGCAGCGGGCGGGCGCCGAGACGGAGCUGCGGGAGCUGCGGGCCCGCGCCGAGGAGGCCGAGCGGCAGAAGAGGCAGGCGCAGGAGGAGGCCGAGCGCCUGCGCCGGCAGGUGAAGGAGGAGAGCCAGAAGAAGCGGGAGGCGGAGGAGGAGCUGAAGCGCAAGGUGCAGGCGGAGCGGGAGGCGGCGCGGGAGAAGCAGAAGGCGGUGGCCGACCUGGAGGAGCUGCGGCUGCAGGCGGAGGAGGCCGAGCGGCGGAUGCGGCAGGCGGAGGCCGAGAAGGAGCGGCAGAUCCAGGUGGCCCAGGAGGUGGCCCAGCGGAGCGCCGAGGCCGAGCUGCAGAGCAAGCGGCUCUCCUUCGCCGAGAAGACGGCGCAGCUGGAGCUGUCGCUGCAGCAGGAGCACAUGGCGGUGGCCCAGCUGCAGGAGGAGGCCGGGCGGCUGAAGAGGCAGCAGGAGGAGGCCGAGCAGUCGCGGGAGGAGGCUGAGAAGGAGCUGGAGCGCUGGCGGCAGAAGGCCAACGAGGCGCUGCGGCUGCGGCUGCAGGCGGAGGAGGUGGCCCACAAGAAGGCGCUGGCGCAGGAGGAGGCAGAGAAGCAGAAGGAGGACGCGGAGCGGGAGGCCCGCAAGCGGGCCAAGGCGGAGGAGGCCGCCCUGCGGCAGAAGGAGCUGGCAGAGGAGGAGCUGGAGAAGCAGCGGGAGCUGGCGGAGGGCACGGCCCAGCAGAAGCUGGCGGCGGAGCAGGAGCUGAUCCGGCUGAAGGCGGAGAUGGAGAACGGGGAGCAGCAGCGCCUGCUCCUGGAGGAGGAGCAGUCCCGGCUGAAGGAGGAGGUGAGCCAGGCCAUCCAGAAGAGGAAGGAGCUGGAGGAAGAGCUGGCCAAGCUGCGGGCCGAGAUGGAGGUGCUGCUGGAGAGCAAGGCCAGGACGGAGGAGGAGUCGCGCUCCACCAGCGAGAAGUCCAAGCAGCGGCUGGAGGCCGAGGCCAGCAAGCUGCGGGAGCUGGCCGAGGAGGCCGCCCGGCUGCGGGCCCUCUCCGAGGAGGCCAAGAGGCAGCGGCAGCUGGCGGAGGAGGAGGCCGGCCGGCAGCGGGCCGAGGCCGAGCGCAUCCUGAAGGAGAAGCUGGCGGCCAUCAACGAGGCCUCGCGGCUGAAGGCGGAGGCGGAGAUCGCCCUGAAGGAGAAGGAGGCGGAGAACGAGCGGCUGCGGCGGCUGGCGGAGGACGAGGCCUACCAGCGCAAGCUGCUGGAGGAGCAGGCGGCCCAGCACAAGCAGGACAUCGAGGAGAAGAUCGCCCUGCUGAAGCGCUCCUCGGAGAGCGAGCUGGAGCGGCAGAAGGGGCUGGUGGAGGACACCCUGCGGCAGCGGCGGCAGGUGGAGGAGGAGAUCCGCGCCCUGAAGGCCAGCUUCGAGAAGGCCUCGGCCGGCAAGAGCGAGCUGGAGCGGGAGCUGAGCCGCAUCCGCGGGGAGGCGGAGGAGGUGCAGCGCAGCCGGGAGCAGGCGGAGCGGGAGGCCGGCCGGCAGCGGGCGCUGGCGCUGGAGGAGGAGGCCCGGCGGCGGGAGGCCGAGGAGAAGGUGCAGGCCAUCCUGGCGGCCGAGGAGGAGGCCGGGCGGCAGCGGCGGCUGGCCCUGGAGGAGGUGGAGCGGCUGAAGGCCAUGGUGGAGGAGGCCCGGCGGCAGAAGGAGCUGGCGGAGCGGGAGUCGGAGCGGCAGAUCCAGCUGGCGCGGGAGGCGGCGCAGAAGCGGCUGGCGGCGGAGGAGAAGGCCCACCUGGCCGCCGUGCAGCAGAAGGAGCAGGAGCUGCUGCAGACGCGGCAGCAGGAGCAGAGCCUGGUGGAGCGGCUGCGGGAGGAGGCCGAGCGGGCACGGCGGGCGGCCGAGGAGGCCGAGUUCGCCCGCAGCAAGGCGGAGCAGGAGGCCGGCCUCUCCCGGCAGCGGGUGGAGGAGGCCGAGCGGCUGAAGCAGCGGGCGGAGGAGGAGGCGCAGGCCCAGGCGCAGGCCCAGGCGGACGCGGAGAAGCUGCGGAAGGAGGCCGAGCUGGAGGCGGCCAAGCGGGCGCAGGCGGAGCAGGCGGCCCUGCGGCAGAAGCAGCUGGCGGACGCCGAGAUGGAGAAGCACAAGAAGUUCGCCGAGCAGACCCUGCGGCAGAAGGCGCAGGUGGAGCAGGAGCUCACCAAGGUGAAGCUGCAGCUGGAUGAGACGGACCACCAGAAGGGCAUCCUGGACGAGGAGCUGCAGCGGCUGAAGGAGGAGGUGACGGACGCCGUCCGGCAGAAGGCCCAGGUGGAGGAGGAGCUCUUCAAGGUCCGGGUGCAGAUGGAGGAGCUGGCCAAGCUGAAGAGCCGCAUCGAGGAGGAGAACAAGGCGCUCAUCCUCAAGGACAAGGACAACACGCAGAAGUUCCUGGCGGAGGAGGCCGAGAAGAUGAAGCAGGUGGCGGAGGAGGUCGCCCGGCUCAGCGUGGAGGCCCAGGAGGCCGCCCGCAUGCGCCAGCUGGCCGAGGACGACCUGGCGCAGCAGCGGGCGCUGGCGGAGAAGAUGCUGAAGGAGAAGAUGCAGGCGGUGCAGGAGGCCACGCGGCUGAAGGCCGAGGCCGAGAUGCUGCAGAAGCAGAAGGACCUGGCGCAGGAGCACGCCAAGCGGCUGCAGGAGGACAAGGAGCAGAUGCAGCAGCGCCUGGCCGAGGAGACCGAGGGCUUCCAGAAAACCCUGGAGGCCGAGCGCCGGCGGCAGCUGGAGAUCACGGCCGAGGCUGAGCGCCUCAAGCUGCACGUGGCGGAGAUGAGCAUGGCCCAGGCCAAGGCCGAGGAGGAAGCCAAGCGGUUCAAGAAGCAGGCGGAGGAGAUCAGCGGCAGGCUGCACGAGACCGAGCUGGCCACGCAGGAGAAGAUGACGCUGGUGCACACGCUGGAGAUCCAGCGGCAACAGAGCGACCAGGACGCCGAGAAGCUGCGGAAGGCCAUCGCCGACCUGGAGCAGGAGAAGGAGAAGCUGAAGCAGGAGGCGGCGCUGCUGCAGCAGAAGGCGGAGGAGAUGCAGGUGGCCCAGGAGGCGCAGCUCCGCCAGGAGACCCAGCUCCUCCAGCAGACCUUCCUGACGGAGAAGGACGCCCUGCUGCAGAAGGAGAAGUUCAUCGAGGAGGAGAAGGCGAAGCUGGAGAAGCUCUUUAAAGACGAGGUGGACAAAGCCCAGAACCUGAAGGCGGAGCAGGAGCGGCAGCAGAAGGAGAUGGAGCAGGAGAAGCAGCAGCUGAAAGCCAUGCUGGACGAAGCCAAGAAGCAUCAACAAGAAGCAGAGGAAAACGUCCGGCACAAGCAGGAGGAGCUGCAGCAGCUGGAAAGGCAGCGGCAGCAGCAGGAGAAACUCCUGGAAGAGGAGAACAAGAAGCUCAGGGAGAGGCUCGAGCAGAUGCAGGAAGAGUACAAGGCCGCCCUGGCCCAGACACGGGAGAUCAUGAUCCAGACGGACGACCUGCCCGAGGAGGCAACGGUUACCACGACGCAGCUGCCGGAUAUCAAAGCUGUGCCCAACGGCAGAGACGCGGUGGAUGGCUUAGCGCAGAACGGGGAGCCGGAGUUUGCGUUUGAGGGCAUCCGCCAGAAGGUGUCUGCAGAGAAGCUGGCUGAUGCCGGCAUUUUGAGCAAGGAGAACUUGGACAAGUUGACGAAGGGCGUUGUAAGUGUCGGCGAGCUCUCGCAGAGGGAAGAUAUCAAGAAGUACCUGCAGGGCAACAGCAGCAUCGCCGGUUUGUUAAUCAAACCCACCAAUCAAAAGAUGAGCAUCUAUGAAGCCAUGAAGAAGAAGCUGCUCAGCCCAGGCACCGCACUGGUCCUCCUGGAGGCCCAGGCCGCCUCCGGCUUCAUAAUUGACCCUGUGCGAAACGCGAGGCUCUCGGUGAACGAGGCGGUGAGAGAGGGAGUGAUUGGGCCAGAACUGCACAAUAAGAUGCUGUCUGCUGAACGGGCGGUGACCGGCUACAAGGAUCCUUACACGGGCGACAAGAUCUCCCUCUUCCAGGCCAUGACGAAGGAUCUCAUCGUCAAGGAGCACGGCAUCCGCCUGCUGGAGGCCCAGAUCGCCACCGGCGGCAUCAUUGACCCCGUCAACAGCCAUCGCCUGCCUGUCGAAGCCGCCUACAAGCGGGGCUACUUCGAUGAGGAGAUGAACCAGGUCCUCUCCGACCCCACCGACGACACCAAGGGCUUCUUCGACCCCAACACCCAGGAGAACCUCACCUACCUGCAGCUCAUGGAGCGGUGCGUGACUGACCCGGACACGGGGCUGUGCCUCCUGCCCCUCACUGACCAGGCGGCCAAAGCAAGAGAGCUGGUCUACACCGACAAAGAAGCUAAGGACGUCUUUAAGAAGGCCACGGUGACGGCACCCUUUGGCAAGUUCCAAGGGAAGACGAUGACCAUCUGGGAGCUCAUCAACUCUGAAUACUUCACUGAGGACCAAAGGCGAGACCUGAUCCAGCAGUACAGGACUGGCAAGAUCACGGUGGAGAAGAUCAUUAAGAUCAUCAUCACGGUUGUGGAGGAAAGCGAGAAGAAGAGCCAGAUGUGCUUCGAGGGCCUCCGGGCGCCGGUGCCCGCCGCGGAGCUGCUGGAGAGCAAAAUCAUCAACAAGGACCUCUACAACCAGCUGCACCAGGGCAAGAAGUCUGUGAAGGACGUGGCGGAGAUGGAGUCUGUGCGGCAGUACCUGAAGGGCACGGAUGCCAUUGCCGGUGUCCUUGUGGAGUCGAGCGGCCAGAAGUUCACCUUUUACGAGGCCCUGAAGAGAAACCUGCUGAAGCCAGAGAUCGCCCUGUCCCUGCUGGAAGCGCAGGCUGCCACCGGCUACAUCAUCGACCCCGUGAGGAACAAGCUCUUCUCCGUUGACGAGGCAGUGAAGGCCGAGGUGGUGGGGCCGGAGUUUCACGAGAAGCUGCUGUCUGCAGAGAAGGCAGUGACUGGCUACAAGGACCCCUAUACGGGCCAGACGGUUUCCCUCUAUCAGGCGCUCAAGAAGGGCCUCAUCCCCAGUGACACCGGGGUCCGUCUGCUGGACGUCCAGCUCGCCACCGGAGGCAUCGUCGAUCCCGUGAACAGCCACCGGCUCCCGCUCGAGGUCGCCUACAAGCGGGGCUACCUGGACCCUGAGAUACGUGAGGCUCUGUCCGAGCUCCGAGAUGACGUCAAGGCUUUCUAUUGUCCCAACACCCAGGAGCACCUCACCUACACCCAGCUGCAGAAGAACUGCCACCGUGACAAGCAGACCGGCUUCUGCCUGCUGCCCCUGUCGGACAAAGCCAUCCAGUCGCAGCAGGAGGAGGUCUACACGGACAGCCAGGCGAAGGAGUGCUUUGACAAGGCGACCAUAGAGGUCCCAGUGGGCAGCAUGAAGGGGCAGACAAUGACCAUCUGGGAGCUGAUCCACUCCGAGUACUUCACGGAGGAGCACCGGCGGGAGCUGCUCCGACAGUACAAGACUGGCAAGGUGACCAUCGAGAAGAUCAUCAAGAUCGUGAUCACCAUCAUCGAGGAGGCAGAGACCAAAAAGCAGGAGAAGCUGACGUUCAGCGGUCUCCGGGCACCGGUACCUGCCAGCGAGCUGGUGGAGUCCCGCAUCAUUAGCAAAGCCCAGUACGAGCAGCUGAAGGAAGGCAAGAAAUCGGUGAAGGACCUCUCUGAGACAGAUGCGGUGAGGAGAUUCCUGCAUGGCAGCGACUGCAUUGCCGGCGUCUACGUGGAGGCGACCAAGGAGAAGCUGAACAUCUACGAGGCCAUGAAGAGGAACCUGCUGAGGCCCAGCACCGCCGUGGUCCUCCUGGAGGCCCAGGCAGCGACCGGGUUCUUGAUCGAUCCCGUGAAGAACCGGAAACUGUAUGUCAACGAGGCCGUGAAGGCUGGUGUCGUUGGGCCUGAACUGCACGAGAAGCUGCUGUCGGCUGAGAAGGCCGUCACUGGGUACAAGGACCCCUACUCGGGCAACACCAUCUCCCUCUUCCAAGCCAUGAAGAAAGGACUCAUCGUCAAGGAGCACGGCAUCCGCCUGCUCGAGGCCCAGAUCGCCACCGGCGGCAUCAUCGACCCCGUGCACAGCCACCGCCUCCCCGUGGAGGUGGCCUACCGCCGCGGCUACUUGGAUGAGGAAAUGAACCGGACCCUCUCCGACCCCACCGACGACACCAAGGGCUUCUUCGACCCCAACACCCAGGAGAACCUCACCUACAUGCAGCUGAAGGAGAAGUGCAUCGAGGAUCCUGAGACAGGCCUGUAUCUGCUGCCGCUGCGGGAGCCUGAGAAGCCUACAGUGGUGGAGACCACCCAGGUGUACACAGAAGCAGAGACGCGGAAGGUGUUUGAAGAGACGCAGGUGGACAUCCCUGUGGGCAGCAGGGCGGGCUCCUCCAUGUCGCUGUGGGAGAUCAUGCACUCGGACCUGCUGCCUGAGGAGCAGCGGAAGCAGCUCAUGGCGGAGUUCCAGUCGGGCCGUGUGUCCAAGGAGCGCAUGAUCAUCAUCAUCAUUGAGAUCAUCGAGAAGACUGAGAUCAUCAGGCAGCAGAAUCUCACCUCCUACGACUACGUCCGGCGCCGCAUCACGGCCGAGGACCUCUACGAGGCCAAGAUCAUCUCUCAAGACAUCUACAACCUGCUGAAGCAAGGCUCCAAAACCUUCCGGGAGCUCCUGGAUGUGGAGACUGUCUGGAAGUACCUCUACGGGUCGGGCUGUGUGGCUGGCAUCUACAUCCCCUCUUCCAAACAGAAGCUCAGUAUCUACCAGGCGCUGAAGAAGGGGCUGAUCAACUCCGAAGUGGCCCGCUCCCUCCUGGAGGCCCAGGCUGCCACUGGUUUCAUGAUCGACCCCACGAAGAAUGAGAUGCUGACUGUCGAUGAAGCGGUCAGGAAAGGCGUGGUGGGGCCCGAAAUCCAUGACCGCCUCCUGUCUGCGGAGAGGGCCGUGACCGGUUACAGAGACCCCUACAGCGAACAGAAGAUUUCCAUCUUCCAGGCCAUGAAGAAAGACCUCAUUCCCAGCGAAGAGGCCCUCAAGCUCCUGGACGCCCAGAUAGCCACCGGUGGCAUCAUCGACCCUCACCUUGGCUUCCAUCUGCCCCUGGAGGUGGCCUACCAGCGGGGCUUCAUCAACAAGGACACCUACGACAUGCUGUCCGAGCCCAGCGAGGUGCGAAGCUACGUGGACCCAUCCACGGAGGAGAAGCUCAGCUACACGCAGCUCCUGAAGCGGUGCCGGAAGGACGAGAACACGGGGCUCCUCCUGCUGCCGCUCUGUGACACGAGGAAGCUCACCUUCCGCGGGCUGCGGAAGCAGAUCACCGUGGAGGAGCUGGUCCUUUCACAGGUGAUGGACGAAGCCACCGCCCAGCGCCUCCAGGAGGGCCUCACCUCCAUCGAGGAGGUCUCUAAGAACCUGAAGAAGUUCCUGGAGGGCACCAGCUGCAUUGCCGGUGUCUAUGUGGACUCCACGAAGGAGCGGCUGUCCGUCUACCAGGCCAUGAAGAAGGGUAUCAUCAGGCCAGGCACCGCAUUUGAGCUCCUGGAGGCGCAGGCAGCCACCGGGUACGUGAUUGACCCCAUCAAGGGCCUCAAGCUGACGGUGGAGGAAGCCGUGCGGAUGGGCAUCGUGGGCCCCGAGUUCAAGGACAAGCUGCUCUCUGCUGAGAGGGCGGUCACCGGCUACCGGGAUCCCUACUCCGGAAAGCUCAUCUCCCUCUUCCAGGCCAUGAAGAAGGGUCUGAUCCUGAAGGACCACGGGAUCCGCUUGCUCGAGGCCCAGAUUGCAACGGGAGGCAUAAUCGAUCCCGAGGAGAGCCACCGCCUCCCUGUGGAGAUUGCCUACAAGAGGGGCCUCUUUGAUGAGGAGAUGAACGAGAUCCUGCUGGAUCCCAGCGACGACACCAAGGGCUUCUUCGACCCCAACACCGAGGAGAACCUCACCUACCUGCAGCUGAUGGAGCGGUGCAUCACUGACCCGGAGACCGGCCUCUGCCUCCUGCCCCUGAAGGAGAAGAAGCGGGAGAGGAAGACCUCCUCCAAGUCCUCCGUCCGCAAGCGCAGGGUGGUGAUCGUCGACCCGGAGACGGGCAAGGAGAUGUCCGUGUACGAAGCCUACCGCAAGGGCCUCAUCGACCACCAGACCUACCUGGAGCUGUCGGAGCAGGAGUGCGAGUGGGAGGAGAUCACCACCUCCUCCUCCGACGGCGUGGUGAAGUCAAUGAUCAUCGACAGGCGCUCGGGGCGCCAGUACGACAUCGACGAUGCCAUCGGCAAGGGCCUGAUCGACCAGUCGGCCCUGGACCAGUACCGCUCGGGCACCCUCUCCAUCACCGAGUUUGCUGACAUGCUCUCCGGCAACAUGAGCGGCUUCCGAUCGCGGUCGUCCUCCGUGGGAUCGUCCUCCUCCUACACCACCAGCCCGGCCCCCAUGCGAACGCAGAUAUCCAUGUGGAGCGACCCGACCGAGGAGACCGGGCCGGUGGCGGGCAUCCUGGACACCGACACCCUGGAGAAGGUGUCCAUCACGGAGGCGAUGCGCCGCAACCUCGUGGACAACAUCACGGGGCAGAGGCUGCUGGAAGCCCAGGCCUGCACCGGCGGCAUCAUCGACCCCAACACCGGGGACAAGUGCUCCGUCGCCGACGCGGUGAACAAGGGCCUGGUCGACAAAAUCAUGGUGGAUCGCAUCAACCUGGCGCAGAAGGCCUUCUACGGCUUCGAGGACCCGCGGACCAAGACGAAGAUGUCGGCGGCCCAGGCCCUGAAGAAGGGCUGGCUCUACUACGAGGCCGGGCAGCGCUUCCUGGAGGUGCAGUACCUGACGGGGGGCCUGAUUGAGCCCGACGUCGAGGGCCGCGUCUCCUUGGACGAGGCGCUGCAGAAGGGCACCAUCGACGCGCGCACGGCCCAGAAGCUGCGGGAUGUCAACACCUACUCCAAGUAUCUCACCUGCCCCAAAACCAAGCUCAAGAUCUCCUACAAGGACGCCAUGGACCGAAGCAUGAUCGAGGACGGGACCGGCUUGCGGCUGCUGGAGGCCUCCUCCCAGUCCAGCAAGGGCUACUACAGCCCCUACAACGUCAGCAGCGCCGGGUCCACCUCCGGCUCCCGCUCGGGCUCCCGGACCGGCUCUCGCUCGGGCUCCAGGAGAGGGAGCUUCGACGCCACCGGCUCCGGUUUCUCCAUGACCUUCUCGUCCUCCUCCUACUCUUCCUCCAGCUUCGGGCGCAGAUACGCCGCGGGUCCGCCCGGCGCCGUGGAGGCGGCCGCCCUCGCCCCGUCCCUGCCGAGCGGGAGCUGCGGGCGGGAGGUGACCGGGGAGCGCCCCGGGACCCCCGGGACCCCGCUUUGCCUGGCCUGAAACCCGGGGGAACCCGCCGCCUCGCCCGCUCCGCAUGUGGCAACGCUGCUGGCUAAUCACUAGUAUUUUUUUUUUUUAACUUUUAAACUCCAUUCUUCUUCCAAAGCAGUGCCUAAAGUUUAACCAAAAAGACUAGACUAAUAUAUUAAUAUAUAUGAUUGUUCUGACAGUAUUUGUAUAUUAAGAGAUGAGAGAGAAAACACACUACCCUCCCCGACCUGCCGCCCCGGGAGCCCGCUGCCGUUCCUGCCCUCGGCAGCGCCGAUGCCGCCCGGCCGCUCGGACACCGCGGGGCAGAGCCGGACACCAGUUCCGUCAUCUUCAUCUAACCACUGAGCGACUCGUUUGUAAUUAACCCCGACGGCGUCACCCCCCCGCACCCCGAAGGAGGAGACCACCCUGUCCCCGCGGCGCGCCGCAGCCAGCGGGAUGGAGGAGGACAUCACCGGCUCCGCACCGGACAUCCAGACCCUCCGCACCGGCGCCGGAGCUGUCGCCCAGACCCCUUCCAGCCGCCCUCGGCAUGGCACGGCACAGUGCGGCGAGGAGGGGUCUCUGCACCCCGGCCCCGCAGCUGCCCCGGCUCCCCGCCUUGGCCUCCCGGCACAUCACCGCACCGCAGAGCCGGUGCCAUGACCGUAAGUGCGCGCUGGCGCUGCCGGUUGCUUCUGCGCCGCGCGGAGGGACCUGCCGCCGCUUCGCCCGCUGAGGGGCUUCGCCGCGCGCCCGCCGCCGCCUCCGCCAGCCCGCCGGGAUGCUGCCGCCACGCUUGGCUCUCCCCGCCGGCGUGGCUGGUGCCGCCGCGUGCCGGUGUGGCCGCGCCUGCCGCUGCCCGCCCGCCCGUCCGUCCGUCUGUCUGUCUGUCUGUCUCUCCGUGUAUCUGGGAAGUGCUCCGCACAAGGUUCAUUUCUUACCGCUGACCUGGCUUCCUGAGUUGACAGGCGGCCGCCAGAGCCCGCGCUCGGCGGAGCCGGCGCUGCCAAAGCUUCCUGCGCCCAGACCCAGCCGCUGCCCGGCCAUGCCCCCCCUCGCCGCGGGGGCUCUCUGGACCCCCCUGAGGGGCGCGGAGGCUGCGGGACCCCCGGUGCCCGGGGCGGGUCGUGGGACGCUGCGGCAGCCCGGCGUGCUCUCUUGUCAUUAAAAAGGCGGAUCCGCGUCAAUCCGGACUCCUCUUUUCCUCCUCGGGGCAGUUCCUUCCCUCUCGGUCUUCCCUUCGCCCGCGAUAACGCGCUCUCUCUC